AUGCCUGCCUCGCGUCGUGGAAGUGGUAGCUUCACGCUAACUACUGGUCAGACAAUCGCCAUUCAUACCCGGACGCAAGAUGAGGAAGACCUCCCGCAUGCAACAAAGAGGACGAUGGCUGACCACUUGAGAAAAUACGAGAGUUUGUUCACACUCACACCGCAGAGGAUGCGGAUGAUUGUCGAGGCUUUUACUGAGACGCUCGAACUUGGUUUGAACAAGCCCAAUCAGAUUGUACCUAUGAUUCCGACGUACGUGUUUGGAUGGCCAACAGGUCAGGAGAAAGGAGAUUUCCUUGCUCUUGAUCUUGGUGGAACAAAUUUGCGUGUUUGUCUUGUGACCCUUCAGGGAGAAGGAAAAUUCGAGAUUUCCCAAACCAAAUAUCGUUUGACUGAGGAGCAAAAACAAGAUGAUGGGCAGAAAUUGUUCGAUUUCUGUGCUGAAUGCUUACAUACAUUUGUUGAAACCAACACGGGCGAGGACGCGGGCCAACUGAAGCCUGGUCAAUCCCUACCUCUUGGCUUUACCUUCUCCUACCCUUGCUCGCAGGAACGCAUCGAUCACGGCGAGCUCAUCCGCUGGACCAAGGGUUUCGGAGCUGGAAAUACGGAGGGUAGGGAUGUUGCCGAGAUGUUCAAGAAGUCCCUUGAGAAAUACCAAUUGCCCGUCAAAUUGACCGCUCUCAUCAAUGAUACAACUGGAACAUUGAUAGCGUCACACUAUGUAAAUCCUAAGACGAAGAUCGCGGUUAUCUUCGGAACUGGUUGUAACGCUGCUUAUAUGGAACACGUCAAAGAUAUCACCAAAAUAAACCAUUUGGGUAUCGAUCCUGGAGCUGAGAUGGCGAUUAAUUGCGAAUGGGGUGCCUUUGAUUCAUUCGAACACGAGCAUCUGCCUCGCACGAAAUACGACACGAUCGUUGAUGAUACCUCAAAUAAGCCUGGUGAACAGGCGUUUGAAAAACUGAUCUCUGGCCGAUACUUGGGCGAGAUUUUGCGACUAGUUCUUUGCGAGCUCAUCGACGAAGGCGUACUCUUCCUGGGACAGAACACUUACAAACUCGAGAAACCAUACUGCUUCGACACAGCAUUCUUGUCUCUCAUGGAGAGUGACCCAACGGACGAACUUCUCAUGGUGAUCGGAAUCUUCACACACUUCUUCGCCCUCGAGACGACGCUCGCGGAACGGCAGUUCUUCCGGGCUCUUGCCAAACUCAUUGGAAGACGUGCGGCUCGUUUAAGCGCUUGUGGUAUUGCCGCAAUCGUCAGCAAGAUGGGUUAUCUCGAGGAGGGCUGUUCGGUUGGGGCGGAUGGCUCCUUGUACAACAAAUACCCUGGGUUUGCCGAUCGCGUGCACGAAGGUUUGCAGGACAUCUUCGGCGAUAAGGGACGCAACAUCGUUACAUAUCACGCCGAGGAUGGCAGCGGUGUAGGUAGUGCGAUCAUUGCAGCCAUGACGAAGCAAAGGAAGGAUGCCGGGUUGUACCUUAAUGUCUGA